AGAGAUUAGGACUCAGAGUCAGUUCGAUCAGCUGGCCAUCAGGUAAACAGAGGUUUUCGGGUGUGGUGCGCUCAUAUACUCCCUAUUUCCACCCUUAGCGAGGAGCAUUCGGGUGAUUUGCUGGGCGGAGGUCAUUGUGGAACCACAAGGAUUAUUGUCACUGGCACUGAAUGCUAGCCAACAGAACCUUUCAACUGUUUCUAGUGGCUGGAGUGCUUUCACAGUCUUGUUUACGCUCCAUCAUGGCCUGGAGAUCUCAUGGACGUGAUAAUGCUGACAUGGUUAGGCAUUUGAAAGCAAACCAAAUUAUCCGCUCACCGGAAGUUGAGCGCGUUAUGUUGCGAGUUGACCGAGGACUGUACUCCAAGCACAACCCCUAUAUGGAUUCUCCUCAGGGCAUUGGUUAUGGAGUCACCAUCAGUGCACCUCACAUGCAUGCACAUGCCCUCGAGCUGCUCAGUAAUCACCUUAAGAAAGGCAAUCGUGCCAUGGAUGUUGGCUCGGGCAGUGGUUACCUUACUGCUUGCAUGGGUCACAUGGUUGGAGAAAGUGGCCAUGCUGUAGGAAUUGACCACAUUAGUGAGCUUAUUAAAUUUUCUCAAGAAAAUAUUGAGAAGGAUAGUCCAGAGCUGCUGACAUCGGGCGUAGUCAAGCUUGUUGUUGGUGAUGGUCGACUAGGCCAUACAGAGGAAGCGCCCUAUAAUGCUAUCCAUGUAGGAGCUGCAGCCCCCACUCUCCCCCAAGCACUGGUUGAGCAGCUGGCUCCAGGUGGGCGGCUCAUCAUUCCAAUUGGCCCAGAAGGAGCAAAUCAGAAUUUAGAACAGAUUGACAAGUUGGAAGAUGGCACUGUGAAGCGGCAGGUGUUGAUGGGCGUCAUCUACGUUCCUCUCACUGAUAAGGACUAUCAGUGGCCUGGCAGGUGGAAGUACUAAUCUGGGAGGAGUGUAGGUGUGGCAGGAGUGUACACCGCACGAUUUGUCUCAUUCCACAGACGGGAGCUGUGAGUCACGCCAGCUGAAUCAUAAUUCCUCGCAGGUGCUGCUCCCUCCUUUAGUUGCCACUUCUGACUGCACCUCCACCACGGCCACCUACCACUCCGCCUAUGCCUGCACUCCACCACAGCCAUUUACCACUACGCCUACGCCUGCACCUCAGCCUUAAAAGUUGCUUCCUAAACAGCCCAAUUUUUCAUUAAUUUAUUGCAUUGUUUUACUACCAAAACCUUCCACUUUUCAUAGCACAAGGUUUUAUUAAGAAAGGAGUUAUGUAGCAUUUUCAUCAUUAGUUUUUCUAAAUUUAUCUUCCUGAAUCUCUCCUUAAUUGUGAUAAUAGUAAAAUAUGACUUUUAUGGUCUAAUUGCACACUAUAUCCAAGUUAGGAAUUUGAAAAUAAAAUAAAAGAUUUAGGUGAAAUUUAUUACCCAGUGUGUUAGGCAUCACUAAAUGCUGCAUAUUUAAGUACUGUAGUUUGUGCUUUUCCAUAAGAAUGUAUUGUAGUCUUUGAAACCUUAAUGAGAUAAUUUUUGGUUAAGACUCUUUACAUAUCUCGUAGUGAUGCUCAAGGCUGCCUGUGUAGUUACUGCUUGGGAGUUUGUGUUUUGAAGGAUAUUUGAGAGCUCCAAGUCUGGUGAGGAUUGUGAGAAAGAGACUUAAAUUAAGGACAAGUGAAUUUACAACAUUGUUUGACUUGAGGUUAUUUGUGAGAUCAUAUUUAAUUAUAUGUUAUUUGUGAGAUCAUAUUUAAUUAUAUGAUGUAUAUACUUACAUAUUACAAUGUCAGUAUAUAAUAUAGUUGGCCUCUUAAAUGGGAUUGAAAGCAAAUAAUACUAAAAUUGAGCUAAAAGUGUGUUAGUAAAAAUUCAGAAGUUUAAUCUUAGCAAGUUUUUCUUGCCAAUUUUAUUUAUAGAGUUGUCCAUUGCAAUCAUUUAAAGACAACUCUAAAAGAUUAGUUAUUGACCUGUUUAUUCAUCUUUUUCCCCCAAAAAAUAAAGAAUACUUUUCGUACUACUCGUUUUUACUUUGGUGCACCAGCAAAUCGGCAUGUACAUGUAUCGGUUUCAAACAAAAUUAUUUAAUUUCCUUUAUCAAAGAAGGAAGUGUGUGUGGGACAAGUUGUGUAAGCUUCACGAGUGUGUGGGAUUGUUCUUUUGCCAAAUCAUUUUAUGCAGUGUUUGGUUUUAAGUUUUCUGUACUCCAUGCAGUCUAUAUAUCCAUGUGUAAUAAGCAGAUAAGUGGGGGGAAAAUAGGAAAAAAGUUGCUGUAGUUACUAAUACAGUACAAACAUUUUUGUAAUUGAAAUGAAUACCUAUUUUGUUGUGUGUUAUGGAGGCACUUUAUUAACAGUUUUUAAAUACUGUAUAUUUGAUAAUUAUUAACUAAAUAUCGUGUGGAGAUAUGACCACAAAUAAAAAAAAUCCCUACAUCCUCAAAGGUUUUGAGAAAGCCGAGGUUUAAAUGUGCAAUUUUUAAGGAAAAUUGAAGUUUGAUCCCAGUUUGAUGAAGUUUGACACUGGAAGCUCUUUAAACUGCCAGAACUGAAUUGUUUACAUUGAUGUGUAGCCCAUAAAAGUUGGUUCAAGCUUAUAAAAUGUUGACCUGCAUUUAAAUUUCAGUGUUGAUUGUACCGUAUUUAGUUUGACAUGCAAAUACCUCGUCUUGUCACAUAAUUCGAUCUCCCUUGUUUAUAUGUUUUGAGCAUCUCAAAAUGUGAAAUAAAUUUCCCAUGCCUAAAGUAGCAUAUUCCGGUGAAAUGUGGCAUUAUUGGGGCUUUUGUCGUUCUGUGCAAGAAUUCUAUACAUACAUUUACAUUACAGACAGUUGUUGUUUCAUUUACAUUGCAGGCAUUGUUGUUUUGUUUACAUUGCAGGUAUUGUUGUUUCAUUUACAUUACAGGCAUUGUUGUUUCAUUUACAUUGCAAGCAUUGUUGUUUCAUUUACAUUACCGGCAUUAUCAUUUCAUUCUGAGCAUGUGGUCACUGUCUUAAAUAUGAACAAAACAAAAGUUGGCGUGAAAGAAGUGUUGUGAAGUGUGGUUUUUGUUAUAGGUUAUAGGGAUGUACCUUUCUUUGUUUUGUUUUUGUUACUUUCUAUAUAAAACUAAAAUUAGGCAUCAUUUUAAAAUAGUCACUUUUAAUUUUUUCACCCCUCUCCCCCCAACUAAUUCUGUUUAAUACCAGAUAUAAUUGAGAUAGUGCUUUCAUAUCGGGAACCUUGAGUUUGGCAAUUAAUAUGAUCAGCUUUAGAUCUAUAUUGCUAGCUUCUGCUUGUAGCAUAAACUACACAAUCAGUUUGCACUUUGAAGACAACUUUAUCCUCGACAAGUUGUGAGAGGGAAGUGUGAACAUAUGUAUUCAGUUGUUGAACUCUUUGGCUGCCGCAUCAUUUUUUCUUCUUCUACUCGAUACAUAAUCGAAAAGCAUUAAAAAAAAUAUAUGUUAUUUCCUGCAGUGCAAAAUCGUUAGAAAACAUGGUCCGAGUAAUGCAACCCAGUCUGUGGUCCCAAGUUGUAUAAUAAUAAUAUAAAUACAGUACUAUACUGUACAACCAUGUAUACAAUUUUGUGUGUGUGCUGAUGGAUGGUGAGGUGAGGGUACUUUGUUUCUGCUUUUUUCAUUUUCAUUACAUGUAUGAUAAAAUAUGCUCUCUUCCUGUAUACACUAUGAAAAAUCCAAAAAUCCAUAUAUUUUUUUUUUUUACCUAAUUUGUCUUUGUUCGUCAUUAUGUAAUGUACAAAAAUGGUUUAACAUAAAUUCAGGCCAUAUAUGUUCCAACUGUAUAGAAUAUCUUAAGUACAAUAAAUAAGCAUAAUCGCUAAGGAAU